CCCACAUCCGGGUUCCGUUUGCUUUUUUCGGACAGCCCUAAACAAGAUGGCGGCUCAGAGUGGCGCCCCUCACCGCGCUCUGCGGCUCGUUUUGAAAGCUGGCCGGAGGGCCUUUUCUCACAGCCAGGGCGCGGCCGCCCCUCUCAGCGCCCAGCAGCUGGCGGAGAAAAUACGAGCCGAGAAGCAGGAGCAGAAAAAAAAGCAGGCCGAGGUUCCUAAAGACAGAGUAUCACGGCGGGUGCAAGAACUUGCUCAGCUAACGAAGCAGUUGCAGCGGGUUCAUCCUAAUGUGUUGGCCAAGGCACUAAAAAAUGGAAUCCUCUACCAGAACAAAGAGAUUGUGGUGAUUAACAAACCUUAUGGCCUUCCUGUUCAUGGUGGCCCCAAGGUAAAAAUGUGCAUCACUGAUGUGCUGCCAGUACUGGCAAAGAUGUUGGAUGGCAUGAAAGCUGAACCCCUUCAUCUCUGUCACCGGCUGGAUAAAGAAACAACUGGAGUGAUGGUGCUUGCCCGGGAUGAGGACACCGCACACCAGAUCCAGCAGCUCUUCAAAACCCGACAGGUGGAGAAAAAAUAUUGGGCGAUCUGCAUUGGAGAACCAAAGCCAGCAGAGGGAGUGGUGGAUAUUCCCAUCAUGGAGAAGGAAGCCGAGGGCAACCAAUUGCACUAUAAAAUGACACUUGCGCCAAACUAUCGCGUGUCCUCUGAGGAUGGGAAUAUGUUCAAAGUCCGCAAGCACAGAGAUGCCAGUAUGGCAGUGACCCAGUACCGAGUGCUGAGUAGUUCCUCCUCUUGUUCCCUCCUUGAACUGCACCCAGUCACAGGAGUGAAGCACCAAAUCAGAGUCCACUUGGCCUAUGGCUUAGGCUGUCCAGUCCUUGGAGACCACAAAUACUCCCAUUGGAACAAGCUUGCUCCACAGAAGCUUCCAAAGGCUGCAUUGAAGAGGCUGGGCUUGGAACAAGUCAAAGCUCGCCACCUCCCACUUCACCUCCAUGCCUGCCAACUCACUCUGCCUGCAAAAAAUGGCAGCGAAGAAGAUAAAAUCCACUUGGUUUGCAAGCCACCUCUGUUCUUCAUUCGCUCCUUACAGCGACUGAAGCUGGAGUUCCCAGAAAUACGAAAUAGUGAACCAAAGCAAUGACAGCCUGUGUAGCUUUAUUGGAGAAACUUGAUUUCCUUGACCUCCUAGUUCCUGG